UACAAUCAGCAAUACUCGCCCCUUACCUAAAGUCCUUAUAGUGCUUGAUAAACACUGCCGAACCCCCCUCCCAGUUCUCUUACUGCCUGGGAAUUAGGCCUCUGAGGGAUCUUCCUUGGUUGGCCAAAGGAAGUGGAGGCUGCCAAGGCUAUCCUAAGCCCCUGCUGUUUAACGCCCUCAGCCAACAAACAUUUUGAAUCCUUGCUGUGAGCCCUCCCAUGCCUGGCACUAAGGAUUUAGCAGUGAAUCCGAAAGUCACAACUCCUGCCCUGUGGACCUUAACAGUGGGAAAGACAUAGUCAAAACCAUAAAUAAUUAUAAAUGCACGGACUGAAAAAGAGAAGUGCUGGGAGCUAUAGGAGCAUGUAGUGGAUUUUGUGGAAGUAGGACAAUGGAUUGGGAAAUGCAAUGUUUAGACUCAGGCCAUAAAGAGAGCUAGGGUCAGGCGAAGAUAAAAAGUUGAAGUGUCUUCUGGGUACAGAAAUGUUCAAGUGUCGGGGGCGGGGAGCUCCCAGCAUGCUCCAGGUACUGAGAGUCCCGGUGGCUGGAGAGCACAAGGCGAAAGGCAGGGUGGCGACAGACGAAACUGCAUGAAUUGCGCAGUGCAACUCCCUGCAGAAAGCCUUAGGAGAUUAACCCUACUCCUCCUGGAGUCCUUGCCCGUCAUGUCCCGGGUUGGAGUCGCUUGAGAAGGGCUCUUCUCCUGGGCUGCAGCUCCAGGAGCGACGCCCACCGCAGUAACUCAAACUUCUAGGGGCAGGUAACCAGCGAGGGGUCGCCCCGUGGCCCCCUGUCGGGACCUCAGAGUCCUACACGCAAACUCUUCCCGGACUGCCGACCCCUGCAAAACAGCGGCAACCGAAUCCCGAUCUGAGUCCGCGCAACUCUGCAGUCCAGGGUUGUCGAGCGUUGUGACGAGGAAAACUACACCUCCCAGAAACCCUUGCGCCUCCGGCUCGCUGCGGUUGCUUAUGGCCAAUCGGGAGAGGCAGCUGUGGCGGGGGCCGAGGAGGGACAUUUUAAAAGGGCCGGAGAUUGCGGGCGUCAGUGGCCAUGGCGGAUACAGCGACUACAGCAUCGGCGGCAGCGGCAAGUGCUGCUAGCACCUCGACCGAUGCACCUCCUUUCCAGCUGGGCAAACCCCGUUUCCAGCAGACAUCCUUCUAUGGUCGCUUCAGGCACUUCUUGGAUAUCAUUGACCCUCGCACACUCUUCGUCACUGAGAGACGUCUCAGAGAGGCUGUACAGCUGCUGGAGGACUACAAGCAUGGGACCCUACACCCAGGAGUCACCAAUGAACAGCUCUGGAGUGCACAGAAAAUCAAGCAGGCUAUUCUACACCCGGACACCAAUGAGAAGAUCUUCAUGCCCUUUAGAAUGUCAGGUUACAUUCCUUUUGGGACACCAAUUGUGGUCGGUCUUCUCUUGCCCAACCAGACCCUGGCGUCCACUGUCUUCUGGCAGUGGCUGAACCAGAGCCACAACGCCUGUGUCAACUAUGCAAACCGAAAUGCUACCAAGCCUUCACCUGCAUCCAAGUUCAUCCAGGGCUACCUAGGAGCUGUCAUCAGUGCUGUCUCCAUCGCUGUGGGCCUUAAUGUCCUGGUUCAGAAAGCCAACAAGUUCACCCCAGCCACCCGCCUACUUGUCCAGAGAUUUGUGCCCUUCCCUGCCGUAGCCAGCGCCAACAUCUGCAACGUGGUCCUGAUGCGGUACGGGGAGCUAGAGGAGGGGAUCGAUGUCCUGGAUGCUGAUGGCAACCUCGUGGGCUCCUCCAGGAUCGCAGCCAGACAUGCCCUGCUGGAGACGGCGCUGACGCGAGUGGUCCUUCCCAUGCCCAUCCUGGUGCUCCCUCCAAUCGUCAUGUCCAUGCUGGAGAAGACGGCUCUCCUGCAGGCGCGGCCCCGGCUGCUUCUCCCUGUCCAAAGCCUCGUGUGCCUGGCAGCUUUUGGCCUGGCCCUGCCGCUGGCCAUCAGCCUUUUCCCACAGAUGUCAGAGAUCGAAACAUCCCAGUUAGAGCCUGAGAUUGCCCGGGCCACGAGCAGCCGGACAGUGGUGUACAACAAGGGGCUGUGAGUGGUGGCCAGCUGGCCUGGGGAUGCGGCCUUGUCCAGGCCAGGGGUGUGGGGGCAGGGAAGGGGUAUUAUGGGCUGUACCUGCAGGGAGGGGCAAGCAGCUGACCCCACCAGUCCUGGGCCACCUGGGGUGGGGGGAACCUCCAUCCACAGUGGUAGGGAGACUAAUCUAUUCACACGUUAACAUAAGGGAGAGGAAUUCUGACACAUUUCCUAUAAAAAAUAAUCAAGUGCAUUUCUGGGCCUUACGUGGGGUUAUCAAAACUCUACUCAGCACAAUUAUGUGUGAAGCUGAAAAAUUGUAGAGUGCCCACGGGGUAGAAUUAGGAUCCUUUUAUACUUUGUUUUUUUAUUUUUAUUUUUUAUCAGAACCAAGCCUUGGUUGCAGCUGCCCAGAUAGGCUGUUGCUAGCAGGUGGACAGGUGGUGGGAGUUAAGAGUAGUCCUGGGAUCUAGUUGGUAAAGCCAGGUUGGUAGAUUUAAGAUAUUACUGUGGCCAAGACCAAUGUCUCCCCGGGCUGGGCAGGGAUGGGGAGGGGAGGGGAAGCAGUCUACACCUCACAGGAUGAACCAGCUAUAACUAAGGCCUCAGAAGGCGGCCCAGGAAAUCAAGGAGCACCGGAGGCCUCUGGAAGUUUCCAUGGGCAUCUGGCUCUGAGGAUGGCCGGCCUUCACCCAUGCCACACUUGCAGAACCAGUUCCUCUGCAUGAAGCCCAGUGAUACACUGGGGCUGGUGUUACCCCUCAUGGAGCCCUGAUCCAUUUGAGGCCCCUGAGAUGACCCCAGCUCCAGGCAGGAAGCCCCAUGAAGGAACAACGUUAGGCCGGCGCCAUGGGCGUGCGCUCCGGUGCAUUUCUGCACUAUGGAAGAGCCUCCUUCUGGGCGCCAGGCUGGAAGCUGGGCGUUGGGGCUGGAGCUGGGCUGACUGCCGGAGGGAGGCCUCUCCAGCCACCGAGGCUGCCUGUCCCCUCCCACUGAUGCUUGAGUGGAAGGGUCUCGUGCCUGAGAGUUUGGAAGCCAGAUCUCUAGGCACCUGUUUGAGAGGAAGCAUCAACCCAGGAAUGGCAGGUCUCAGCUCUGGCACUAAAGGGCUGUGUGAACUUGGACAAGCCCACUCCCUCCUCUGAGCUUCCACUCUCUGCCCAGAACCAGAGGACUGGAUCAAGAGGUUCUCACCUGCUCUCCCAGCUCGGUCUUGUCUUUGCCUGUCCUGCUUCGAUGCUGGUCAUCCCAGGCACAUCCCAACGUGGACGCUGGGCUGGGAAAGGGGCAGGCCCCCAUGGAAAUGACCAGCAGUUGGCCUCAGAACCCGGACCUUGCCCUUAUGUGUGUGACCCCACACCCUGGGAGCACCUGAUCUUGGCCAAACACUUAACAGUUCUGAAAGAGGAGGGAGUGUGGACGCCUGGGCCUGAGUAGGGGGCCACCCCCGCAUGCCGCCUCUCACCCUGCACUGGCCUCGACACCGCCUGCUGCCAUCUCCUUUCCAUUUGCAAGCCAGGAAAGAAGAGAACUCUUCAGAGCUGGGGGUUAACAGGGUAACCCCCUCAUCGGAAAGGCCCAAAAAGGAGGAAGCAUGGGUCUCAACACACACCUCACCUGUCCCCAACUGGAAGGAGCCCUCAACAUGCAGCCACAGGGCCUCCCCUACCCUGCUGAUUCCAGCUGGGGAGAGACCUGGCUGGAGGUGAAUACAUGCACAUGCAGGAAAAGGCCAGCAGGGCAGCUCUCACUGUCCUUAGGGUGGGGGAGUUGUGGUGAGGUGGGUGUCCACAGGCAUCGACACCAUGCAUCCCCCCAGAAGCCCCUGCUGCCAUCACCCCCUAGCCAGGCCCUAAUGCCUCCCAGCUAGUUAUGCAGGCUGCUGCCCUGAGGGCCCUCCACUCUCCCAAGAGGCAGCCAACCCACUGCCCAUCAGGAAGGAGAGCAGGCAGAGAUAAGCAUAGAAGACAAAACAGAGGGAAGGGGUGCCAUGAUGUUGGAGGGACUGGUGUUUUUUAGCUACUCCUGCCCUAAAAUGAGUGUGCCAGUGACAGGGGCUGGGCAUGUCUGGGUCCUCUUUUACAAAGUUCACUUCGAGCUCACUCUAUCCCUCCUCUCAUUGGGUCUUAUUCUUGUGCACUUUACCUUGGGACCAAAACUACCCACCCAAGCUCCACUCCCACCCCCUCGAAAGGCCUGGCAGAGAUUGGGUCUCUCCAACUCCCCCUCUAUGCUGGCUGCCCCAGCCCAGCCCCAGCUCUGUGGCCUCUUCAUCUCAUAACCUACUUACUUUGUCUCCUGGAUGAUUUCUGGUCAUGCUCCCAAAUGCAAUUUCAGGUGAGCUAAGGGGUGGUAGUGGCAAAGGAUCUUUAUAGCUCAGGUGGUGGUGACAGAGAUUCAGCAGGCCAUGCUGCAAAGCCCUGGUCUGGCUGUGGAAAACACCAUGAAGGGAAACUUUCAGCCAACUUCCAUCCUCCACUCUGCUGAGGCCAGAAGAAGGGAGGCCUCAUGGGAAGAUUGUUUCUUGACAGGGGAGGAGGCCGAGCCAGAACCCACAGUCAGGGUGGGGCUGGCUAGCCCAGCUGUGCCAGAAUACAGGGCAUGCCUGCAACUGGUUCUCCAAUCCUGGUGUAGCUGCCUGACUCUCCGCUAACCAUUUCAGACAUUUCCAAAGGCUUGGGGAUGCCCUUCUCCCAUUUCCAGACAACAAUCUGAGUGCAGGGACCAAAAGCCCAAGAUGUCAAGAUGGCUGCCGAGUCAAGAUGCCCAACAGACCCCUUUCCACUUCCUGAUUGUGUGUGUGUGUGUGUGGGGGGGGGUAAGGUGGUGGGGGGGGCGGGCUGUUUCCUCUCCUGGGGCUCCAGCCUAGCAGAAGGGUGGUGUCCUGAGAGGAGAAUCCAAAGGACAGAAAUAAGGUGGUUUUCCAGCCCUGGGCCAGUAUGAAUGAGGCACCAGUACACAUGCCUUGGUCAUAUCCAGGUUACAUUGCAGUGUCUUUUUAACCUCAGAAAAUGUAUCAGUCUCUGUGAUUUAUGUAAUACUAAUGAACUGUGGGCAAUAAAUGAUGGAUUUACAGCA